GUGAGGAUACUACUAUAUUGUAUCUCAGGUUCUCCUUUCAGGUCUAAGUAGAUUUGUUUUAGUUUCACUUCCUGUCUGACCAACGUGGAAAAAUUGUUCAUCUCUUCACGGUGGACUCUGACAAUGGAGAAACAUUAUUGGAUUUUGGGCUUUUAUAUAAAAACCCUGGUUGUCGUUCUCUAUGGGCGCUCUGGAAUUCGAUGUCAACAACGAACGAGUACUUUGUGGAACAUAUCGAUAUAGAAAUUUUUCCUUCUCAACGUGGAACAUGGCGAAAAGUUAACACAUCUUCAUUACCUGAUCCCAUUUCUGACACCAUGUCUGCAUUAGAGCUCAAGGAGUCCGUAUUCAAUAUGGAUUCUCAUCCAUUUGAUAUCGUUUCAAGAUCCGUGCAGAUUGCUUGUAAAGGAACGCGGUGUGAAUAUAAACAUGGGGACUGGGCUGCUCUAAUGAGCCAUGUUGAUGCGUAUCUACGCUCACCUGAGUUUGAUUCCGUCUACACUCAACGUGGAAGUAGGACUUUAAAAUCGUCAUCGAGUGAUUCACAAAGUGAUGCAGAACAUAGGUUCUUCAUGUCUUUGGCGCGUACCUGUGAUCAGUUAGAAGUCGCUUCCCGUGGUCCACUUGGACUGUUUCUCCUCGAUAUGACCGGGGCAGUUUUAACUGGAGUUAUACAGCAGUGAGUUUUUUCUUUUUCUCAUUUCUUCUCCCUCAGUUUCUUCUUUUAUCAUUUUAUUCGAUUUCGCCUCUUCCUUUCUGAUGUCUUGA